AUGGCCGGCUCUAACCAAGAGCACGAGGCUGAGUCGUGGCCUCCGGCAAUCUACCACCAGAUGCCGGCGAUCCUUGAGUACCUCGAAGACCACCGUGUCGUCGUCGUCUCCGCCGCGCCUGGCUCCGGCAAGUCGUCGGUGCUCCCCCGGUGCCUCGCCGAGAGCGGAUACGGCCCGGUGCUCUGCGCGCAGCCCCGCCACCUGGCCGCGUUCGUGGCCAUGGCGAAGGUCGGCGAGGAGUGGGAUUCGGACAUCGAGUUCACGACAACCCGGCAGCUCCUCGACAGGUUCAGCUCCCCGGCGCCGGUCCUCGCCGGGUACGGCGCCGUCGUCAUCGACGAGGCGCACGACCGCACGCUCGGCACCGACGUCCUCCUCGGGAUGGUCAAGGCCGCGCUGGCGACGGGGACGACGAUGGGCGGCCGAUGCAAGGUGGUGGUCUGCACCGCCGGCGGGCCGGCCGACGGCAUGCUCUCCGCCUUCUUCGGCGGCGCGCCGGUCGUCUCGAUCCCGCGCGCGGCGCACCAGGUCGAGGUGCGGUACUCGCGAGGGCCCGUGCUCGACAUGGCGGCCGCGGUGGCCGACGAGGUGGCGGCCAUCCACGCGUCGCAGCCGCCCGGCGACGUGCUUGCGUUCCUGCCGGAGAACGCCGACAUCAUCGGCGUCCACGCGAGGCUGCUCGGCCUGCCAGUGCCAGGGCUGGCCGUUCGCUACGUCCACGACAACCUCCCGGCGGAGCUCAUCGACAUCAUGCUGAUAAACUCGCCGGUGCCCGACGGCCGGAGGAGAGUCGUGCUGGCCACCGACGUGGCCGAGACGGCCGUGCUGGUCCACGGGAUCACGUACGUCGUCGACACCGGCCUGGUGUCGGAACAGCCGCCGGUGAGGAUCUCAAAGGAGGCGGCGGCCGCGCGGGCGGCGAUCGCCGGAUUCUCGGGGCCCGGCCGCUGCCACCGGCUCUACCAGCCGGAGGAGUACGAUGAUCUCGACGAGCACACCAUCCCACACAUCAGGCAAGAUGGCGCGGCCGUCAGGUUCGCGCUCAUGGUCAAGCGACAUGCCGCUGACGGCAUCCCGGGGUUUGAGAUUUUUGACCCGGCAUUGGAACCGGCAGUGCUGAAGAAUGUCUUUGGUCAGCUUGUCAACGGUGGCUACUUGGACAAGCUUGGAAAUCUGUCUGACAAGGGGGAGAGAGAAGCAUAUGACGAAGACUAG